AUGCCGGUUGAAAGUAUGGAGAUGGCAGGGGAUUCGGACUUUGAAUCAGACUCCGAUGGUGGUAUGCAGCUUGACAUGUCAGACUCUCUUACCGGUAUUCCAACGAGACAAGCAGAUUUCUUUGACGAUGAUGACAUUAAUGGAGUACAACCUAUGGAAGACAUGGACUUUGCCACCAAUCUCGUGGAGGGCUGGAGCGUGGAUGCCAAUGUGUCAAAUGAAGCUGCCGGGAGAAGACAAACAAACCGCUCCCAGAACCCCCACGACGUCAUCUACAACCGAACAGUCCCAGACACAGAACCCCUAACACCCUUCGAGGAACAAGCCCGCCUGCGCUCCGAUUUCAGCGACGAGAAAUACGCAGCCCUAGCCGUCCUCAAAAGCAGAGAACUACUUAUGACCUACGCCCUCGCCAACAACGAGACCAUCCCGCAAACCCGCCGCCGCUUCAUGGCAAAGUACCUCGAACCGGACGACCCAGAAAAAGCAGAAGAAAUCUACGACCCGCGCAUUUACAUCGCCCCAGACGGGAAAGGCAGCGAGGGAUCCCUGAUCCGCGGACGCGUCCGUCAGUAUAUCGGUGAUAUCAACGACCACGGCUGGCACCAGCCUGCGCAUCUGCGAGAGAAGAAAUGGAUUCCUGGCUCCCGAUCUGCUUCGCGAUCUGGCUCUGGUACGAUUUCACCGCGCAUUUCGGGUGGUGGGAUUGCGUUUGGGUCGCGCUCGGGAUCUGGGUCUGGGUCUGGUUCGCCAUUGAGGGGAGGAGGGGAUGACGAUGAGUUAUGA